CGUGCCCGGCCCGCUCCCGGCGGAAGCGGCGGCGCAGGGCGGGGCAGCCGUGGCGGCCAUGGCGGCGGAGCAGCGUGACUUGGGGCAGCUCUCGGCCCUCGCCGUGUACCGCCGGCUGGCGGGGGCCGGGCGGAUGGAGCGGCGCCGCCGCGGGGCCCCGCUGCCCGCGGGUCGGAAGCGGGCCAAGGCCCGCCUGAGGCGCGGCCGGGCGGGAGGCGGCGGCUCGGAGCCGGAGGCGCCGCCGCCCGCCGCGCCCCCGAGCCGCGUGGAGCUCCCCGUGGAGGCCCCCGUGGAGGCUCCCGUGGAUCCUCGGCCCCAGGCGACGGCCGCCGGGCCUGACGCGAAACCGCGGGGCAGCCCCAAGGCGAUGCCGAGCGGCCCGCGGCCGGCGGGGGAGGACGGCGGCGGCGUGCCCGGGCUGCUGCGGCGGCUGGCGCGGCUGGAGGACAGCCGGCAGCGGGCGGCCGAGCUCUUCCGCUGGCUGCUGGCCCCGGUGGCGCCGGCGGAGUUCAUGGGGCGGCACUGGGAGCGGGCGCCGCUGCUGCUGCGGCGGGGCGACCCCGGCUACUACGCGGGGCUCUUCUCCACGGCCGACUUCGACGCCGCUCUGCGAGGAGGAGAGGUUCACUUCGGCACCCACCUGGAUGUGACCAGCUAUGCCGAGGGAGUGCGGGAGACGCACAACCCUUCCGGCAGAGCCCUGCCCGCUGUCGUGUGGGACUUCUACCAGAACGGCUGCUCCCUGCGCCUCCUCUGCCCGCAGGCCUUCUCCCCCACCGUCUGGCACUUCCUCUCCAUCCUGCAGGAGCAGUUUGGCAGCAUGGCAGGGGCGAACACCUACCUCACGCCCCCGGGUACGCAGGGCUUUGCCCCCCACUAUGAUGAUAUCGAGGCCUUCGUGCUGCAGCUGGAGGGGAAGAAGCACUGGCGUGUCUACAGGCCCCGAAGAGAUGCUGAGGUGCUGCCCCAGUUCUCCAGCGCAAACCUCACGCAGGCUGAACUCGGUGAGCCUGUGCUGGAGACUGUGCUGGAAGCCGGGGACCUGCUGUACUUCCCCCGUGGCUUUAUCCACCAGGGUGAUUGUCUCCCUGAUGCACAUUCACUCCACAUCACUGUGUCUUCCUACCAGAGGAAUUCCUGGGGGGACUUUCUGGAGAAGCUCCUCCCAGCUGCCCUGCAGAUGGCCCUGGAGGAAGACGUGGAGUACCGACAGGGGCUUCCCAUGGAUUACCUGCGGUAUAUGGGGGUUGCUAACUCCGACACAGUCGAUGCUCGACGAACGGCCUUUGUGGAGAAGGUGCAGAGCCUGAUAAAGAAACUUGUUGACUAUGCCCCCAUCGAUGCUGCUGUGGAUCAGAGAGCGAAGUCGUUUCUUCAUGACUGUCUCCCUCCAGUGCUCACUGAAAGUGAAAAGGUGCAGAGUGUCUAUGGCUUCCCAGCCCGGUGGCAAGAUGGGGGCCCCUGCAAUGUUGAUAUCCUGAUAACAAAAGACACCGAAGUACGCCUGCUCCGUCAUGGCAUCGUUAGACUGUGUAACGAAGAAGCAGGUGUGAUGCUGUACUACACUACAGAAAACUCAAGAGUGUAUCAUAAGGAAGAACCCAAGUUCCUUGAGCUAGAUCCUGAAUAUACAGACAGUAUUGAAUUUCUCCUGUCUUCCUAUCCAAAUCAUGUAAGUGUGGCUAACCUUCCAUGUGAAACCUUGGAGGAAAAGAUUUCUCUAGCUACACUUCUGUUUGAGAAAGGUAUUCUGACUACAAAGAAGCCUCUGGCAAAAGUCUAACUCGUAUUUUUUUCACAAAAUAAAAGUACACUUGUUUAGAAAA